UUGCCCGUCAUCCUCGCCACAUUCCACAUCUCUCUUUUCCUCUCAUUCAGGCCAUUCUCGAAGAAAGCAGCAACCUUCCUCCUCAAUCUCGUAUCGAUCCUUAAUAUGGCCUUAAGGAAGUCCUCACGGGCUAUUUCAGCGAAACCAGCCUCCAAGCCCGCUCCAAAAGCAGAAGUUGCCGUCAAAGGACGCAGCCUCACGCGCUCUGCUCCCUCAAAGAAACGUGCUGCUUCACCAGAUAAAAAUACAGAUCUUCCUGUCAAAAGGACUCGAGGUGAGGAGCAGAACAUUGCUCCAACGACAAACAAGAUACCUAUAUCCAAACAUGCAGCGACGAAACCGGCUCCACAACCUAUAAAACGGUCUCGAUCUCGCGUGAAAGUAGAUGUCCCUGCUCCUACACCGCACGUCCAAGUGAAACCGUACCUCAAUCCCUUACCAGCGCCACCAGAAAAAGCCCGACCUGGUCUGCAACUCUUCGUUUGGGGAGCUGGUAAUUUUGGUCAAUUCGGUCUUGGACCUGAUUUUCUAGACGAACUCGAUAAACCCAGGAAACAUACCUGGGCAGAACAGCAGAUGCAAGACGGUACGUUUGGCGAUGAAGGAGCAGGUUUAGAAACUGUUGCGGCCGGCGGAAUGCAUAGUCUUCUUGUAGAUGAAAAGGGAAUAAUAUGGUCGUGCGGUUUGAAUGAUGACGCAGCGCUCGGUCGAAUUACUCAUCAAGUGACGGAUCCCGAGAAGCCUGGAUCGUUCUUGGACGUCGACCAGCUCACUACUGUCCCUCACCCACUGCAAUCUCUCGCAGACGAAAAGUUUCGUACGGUCCAAGUAGCAACUGGCGACAGCAUAUGUGCUGCAGUCAGUGACCAGGGCGAUCUCCGAGUGUGGGGAUCUUUCCGGGUAAACGAAGGUUCUCUUGGCUUCUCUACGGGGCUGAAGCACCAGUUCCUACCUGUGCCGAUUCUUGAAGAUCAGCUAUUGUCUAGACCCGGCGACAGGGAAAAGGUUUCCUCAAUCACUGCUGGGGUCAAUCAUCUCCUCGUGCUGACUACACACGGAAACAUCUACACGUGGGGUGCUGGCGAGCAAGCUCAACUGGGCAGGAAGGUUCUUGAGCGGCGCAAAAUCCACGGUACCAUACCUGAAAAAGUUACUCUCGGCAAUCGUUUGCGGAAAGGAAAAAUAAUUGGUGCCGGUAGUUACCAAUCGUUCGCCGUGGACGAUUCGGGUGACGUUUGGGGUUGGGGACUCAAUACAAUGGGUCAAACCGGCACAGGCUAUGAGACCAAAGACGAUGCUCAGAUCCAACUGCCCACCAAGGUGCGCAGGUUGAGCAAAGAAGAACUCGGUGGUGACACAGUCGUCCAAAUCGUCGGUGGAGAACAUCACACACUCUUUUUGACCUCUGCGGGCAAAGUUUAUGCCUGUGGGCGCUCUAAUGCGGGUCAACUCGGUCUUCCAGACAAUGACCCCGUGUUCGCGAAACGUGUCGAUCCGGAUUUCUUUCCCGAGCCCGUAGAAGUGAAGUUCCCUGAUGACGACGACCCAGUCGCCUACAUUUCCGCUGGUACUCAUAACAACCUUGCCGCCACUGAAAAUGGUGCUCUGUAUUGCUGGGGUCAAGGUACUCAAGGUGAACUCGGUGUCCCGGACGUUGAGGUCAAAACACCUCGUGUCAUUGUCCGACGAGAAGGUGGCUCGUGGGCAGCAAUCAAAGUCGCAUGUGGCGGGCAACAUACCCUUGGAUUAUUCCGCAGAAAGUAG